UUUUUCAAUGCGAGACUCGGCCUGCAUAAAUUAUGUUCAUGACGUAGUGCAAAAGAGCAAAUUUGUGUUAAUUUUUCGGCACUUUUCUACAGAUAAGGGGUUACCUUGGCUAUUAAGGUGCACUUGCUCCACCGGCACGACAGUUUUCGGAAAGACGCCAUUAAACAUUUAGUUGAAAAGAAGCCCAGACUGCUUCCCCGAGCCUCCUUAUCAAUGCAAAUAGCUCUUUUGUGUGCAUUCGCAGCGCGCGUCGGAAGCUGUGAGAUGAAUUUUUAAUUAUGCAUAUUUAAAAACAAACUGUGGCAAAGCUCGCCGAAGGAGGAGAAAAUAAAGAAAAUAGUCCACCUUUCAGCGGGUGAUGCUUUGGAGCUGCUAACAUCCCCCUCGACAACUAUGCAGAAAAAUCAGUGAUCUUCUCAGAGCUUAGACUUCAUCAUCAUGGACACUGAGGAUCUCCCUGCAAACAAUGCACCUCUCACUGUCAAUGAGCAGCCAUUCACUGUCUGACUGCAGAAGUGUUUUCUCAGCUUUUAGGUUCCUGCACUUUGAAAUUCCCAGCACAAGACGCGCAGGUCAUUGUCAUGUCAGGCCAGGAGACCAUCCGUGUGCUGGAGGUGGAGGUGGACACGGCCUUAUCAUCGACAGGGGCUGCAGAGUCUGGGGGUGAUGAAGAAAGCGCUGGUCAGAGCCUGGAAGCAACAGAAGAGGCUCAACUGGACGGUCCAGUAACCACAAGCUCUACCACAGCUGUGACUGUGGAGGUUUCAGCACCUCUAGUUCAGACUGUGGUCCCCAAAGCUGCCAUCAGUAUGUCUCCAGCUCAGCAGACCAGCGUUCCCAUUACUGUUCAGGCUUGCCCACAGGUCCUGACUCAGGAUGGUCUGGCAUCUCUGAUGACUGGCAUGCUUGCCCAGCAGAGUUCUCUAGGUCAGCCGCUGCUCAUUCCUCUCAGUAUGGCCGGAUCAGUGGGGGGUCAGGGUGGUCUGGCAGUGCUCACUUUACCCACUGCCACUGUGGCCACUCUCCCCGGUCUCGCUGCUGCCAGUCCUGCUGGAGGCCUGCUGAAGCUGCCGUUUGCUGGACUGCAAGCUGCUACUGUGUUGAACUCGGUGCAGACCCAGCUUCAGGCACCUGCACAGGCCGUCCUGCAGCCUCAGAUGUCUGCUCUACAGGCUUUGCAGCAGACGCAAACCACCGCGGCCACCACUGCGUCUGUUGUGCAGAAGGCAUCAGAGCCCAGUGUCUCUGUCGCAACACUGCAGACCGCAGGACUCUCCAUCAACCCUGCUAUUAUUAGUGCAGCAUCUCUGGGAGCUCAGCCUCAGUUCAUCAGCUCUCUUACUACAACUCCCAUCAUCACCAGUGCCAUGUCCAACGUGGCAGGACUCACAAGUCAACUCAUUACCAAUGCACAGGGCCAGGUGAUAGGAACUCUUCCUUUGCUGGUCAACCCUGCCUCUCUGGCAGGAGCUGCAGCGGCUUCUGCCUUACCUGCUCAGGGCCUGCAGGUUCAAACUGUGUCUCCACAGCUGCUCUUGAAUUCGCAGGGACAGAUCAUUGCUACGAUAGGGAAUGGUCCAACAGCUGCUAUCCCGUCCGCCGCUUCUGUCCUCCCCAAAGCCACUGUUCCCCUGACCCUCACCAAAACCACCACACAGGGUCCUGUUGGGAAAGUGGCCCCCUCCAAAGUGAUCAUUGCUCCCCAACCAUCGGUGGUUAAACCGAUGACAUCACUCACGCCUGCUGGUGUCAUCGCCUGUGGAGAAAUGCCUACCGUCGGGCAGCUUGUCAACAAGCCGUCUGCUGUGAAAGACGAAGAGGCCAUUAAUCUGGAGGAGAUUCGAGAGUUCGCCAAGAACUUUAAGAUUCGACGGCUCUCUCUGGGUUUGACACAGACUCAAGUGGGCCAAGCUCUGACUGCUACCGAGGGCCCUGCGUACAGUCAGUCAGCCAUCUGCAGGUUUGAGAAGCUGGACAUCACUCCUAAAAGUGCACAGAAGCUGAAGCCUGUGCUAGAGCGCUGGCUGGCGGAGGCCGAGCUCUGGAACCAGAAAGGUCAGCAGAACUUGAUGGAGUUUGUGGGAGGAGAACCGUCCAAGAAACGCAAACGGAGAACCAGCUUCACGCCGCAGGCCAUUGAGGUGCUCAACACUUACUUCGAGAAAAACUCCCUUCCGACAGGCCAAGAGAUUACAGAGAUCGCCAAGGAGCUGAACUACGACCGCGAGGUGGUUCGGGUCUGGUUUUGUAACCGUCGACAAACUCUGAAAAAUACCAGCAAGAUCAACGUGUUUCAAGCCCAGUAGGAACGACGGGUGGAUUUUACGGACGUGGAUGUAUUGGUGCUAGCUGCAAAAUGACUGAAUUGCUGUUGUGAUGAAGCCAGCGGUACUCGGAUUGUGUGCAGUCUUAGUAUAGUAUCAAACAUACUCUUUUUGUUGUUUCUUUUGUUUCCGUUAUGCUGCAUGCAGAGUGACGUUUUGCCGUGCCACAACAGUUUUCAAUGAUAAAUGGCUUUCGAACUAUUUAAAGUAAAGACGAAGCUACAAAAUCAUGUAGUCGCUGUUUUAUAGACAAAAUUAAGCACUUAAUUAAAUAUGUAAAUGAGAACUUCCAAGAUAUUCUCAGUUUUUAUUUUUUGGUAGGAACUAACCGCUUAAAUUGAUGACUACAUGUACAUUUAGCAGGUUAUUCAAUCAUUUGACUGAUUUAGGUUUUUUAAUUCAUAUAAUUUUGCUGUAAACUUUACGCUAGUGACUGUACUUUGCCUGACACAAAUUACUGAUAUUGGUUAUACUGAUAUGGUUUUCUCACACCUUCAAAUAAGUCCCCAAAAGGGCAUAUUCAGGAUUUUUUUACAUUUCAGUUUCAGUAAACACAGCGUCUUUGUGCUUAAUGUAGAUGUGGUUCAUUCAAGUGGACAAUCAUAGUACUCUAAAUCAGAAAGCAUGCCCUGCUUUUAUAUAGUUAAGACAUAUUUUUAAUUUCCAUUUUGACUGUCAUCAUAUUUUUGUGUGUCAGAAAUGUGUGGAUUCAAAUGCAAUUUCAAAGAUUACAAUGACUGAAAAAAUUAUGGAUUUUACUGUUACUGUUUCCACAUAAGCAUAUAAAGAGAUGAAGUGAUACUUGCAUUUGCACUUGUAUGGGGCACUUAAGAAACAUCUUUUGGAAAGUUUGUGAGCCGUCAAACAAGUGUUAUUUCUAUCUUGAAUGAAUAAAUUUGGACUGCGCUGUCAUUUGUACAAUUUGUGGCAGGAAUAUUCACCGGUCAUGUAAUCAUUUUCCUAUUUGGUACAACUGUCCAGACAGAAGUGUGUUGUAACAUGUGUUUCACAUGUUUGUUUUAAGCAUAAAGCUAUAUUGUUCUUAUGGACCUUCAGUAUUUAUCUAAUGAAUUCUUAUUGGUACAAUACCAUGCAUUUACAUUUUAACAUUGUGAAGAAGGAAUGGUAUUAGAUAUAGUGUUUUAACUAAUGCUAUUAACGUAGACUAAAUAUGUGUAAAAAAGAAAAA